AUGCCUCCCAGAAAGCGGUCAAAGGAUGACGGUGGACGGGCGAAAAAGGUGCAGAGGGCGUAUACGCAAGCUCCAAUCCUCAGCUCGGUCUCAUCGACUACCCUUCCCCCUCAGCCGGAACCCUCCACACCCCUCGACAUCACUCCACACCCCGGCAUCCUCCAACAAGUCCUCCUCGAAUGCUCCCCAUCCACACUUGCAACUUUCCUCCGCUGCUCAAAGCACCUCUUCCAGCUCGCCGCACCGGUCCUCUAUCGCAACAUCGAUGUUCCGUACGUUAAGUUCGCUGGCAUGAUCGGUGCUGGGUACGCGUCCAAACAGGGAUCGACGGCGGGCAUGCUCGGAAGGGGAUACUCGCCCUUGCUUAAGGAGGCUUGGAAAUACACCAAGUACCUGCACCUGCGCGACAUCGAUCCCAAGCUCGAACUGCCGAUCAUUCCGCGGCACGCCCUACCUAAUCUCUCCACCAUCAUCAUUCAUGCGUCGCUACAUUCGACUUGGGCGUCAACCGCAGCGGUACCACCGAGAUUACUCUCGGUCCACCCUCCUGAUCUGGUGAUUCGGCUUCCGGAUAAGGGCUUUCAGAAUCCCGGUCGAUUCGGCUUCGGCUUGUACAUACCCGCUGCUAGUGUGGAAAGGACCACCGUGCUCCUUCCUUUCAGCUGGGAUCACCCCCAAGCCCCGGCGGUGGAGCAGUCUACAUGGAAGCCAACAAAAAUGACGGUCACAAUCGUUCUCCUUCCGCGGACAUCAGAAGCGGAAGCCAUCGUCCCUCCGUCACCUAGAUCAUUACCAGGAAAUUUCUGGUCAAGAGUCAUCCGGUCCUCGAUCACGCACCCGAUCCGGUUCGUUGGCGCAGAGUACUACGGCGUGUACCCGGAAGGCCGACCUACAUGGGGAGGCAGCAGGAAGGUGAUCUCAUUUGCUCGAUUUACAGACUGGCUGGACGAGCAGGAGCAUGGCGCUAUUUUCUCUCAGGAGGAGGAGGUGGCGCUGAGGGAAGCGGACGUCGAUCUUUUGGCGAGCUUGGAAGUAACCACUUGCUUGUACGAUACUGAUCGCCUCAGGAGGCGAGUACUGCUGCGCAAGGAUGAGAUACCACAUGAACAUAGGACCGGACGUGACAGGCUGGAAGGUAUACAUCAGAGAAUACCUGAGCAGGGAGGCGAUGGAGUGGGACUCUCCAAGACCACAUUCCUUGGUUUCGAGAACAAAGAGCGUCGCGGCCCUCCUGUCCGCUGUCUACUUCUUCUCCUCUUCAGCACGUCAGGUGGAUAUCUACUUCAUCCCGCUAUCCUUGAUACCUCAGCUACAAUGGCUCCCAAUUGUAUGCCGGAGCCUUCACAGUCGGCCUUCCUCUCCCACCCCCACCUCACUGACGGAACCGGUCGUCCUCGCGGUCCCUCCCUAAUCGACGUCCUGGCUCAUCCCUACGUCAAGCUCGUCAUCAUCAACGACCUCCCUCACGCUACCCGCCAUGCCCUCUCACUCACUUCCAAGAAGCUGCACGAAGCGGUCAAUCCUUUCGUCUACCGCCAUGUGCGCGUCACCCAUCGUCAAUUCGUGAAUAUGGUCGCGGUCGGAACGGAUUCGACCAAGGAGAAGUGGGUUUCAGGCUUCUCGCCAGCCCUGGAGCUCGCUUUGGACUGCAUCAAGUCCCUUCGUAUCACGGACUACGACUCGACCUCGGCUCUACCUGCUCUCCCGGAAAGCAGAUAUGAAGGGGUCGAGACGUUGGUCAUCCACGCUACGGAUGCGUGGGUGCACUGGCCAGACCACAUCUUCCCUCCUGCCCUCUUCCCCAACGCCAACCUAUUCUUCCACCUUCCCGAAGAAGGUCAAAAUUCAGAGAACGAGCCCCUAGCGCUAGCCCGCUUAAUCAAGCAUCAGCUCUCUGCCACAACCAAUCAAGCCACUCUCCUCAUCCCGUGUACAACGGCCGUCACAUUUACCGGCUGGAGCCCUGCAGGACCAACGGAUACCGGCCUCGCGGCAGCAAAGGCGCUUACGGUCAUUUUUCUCCCUAGUGAACUUCCGCGACCGGACACCCAUAGCGGAUGGGCCAAGCAAUUCCUGAAUCGAUACUCCCUCCUCACCUACCACAUCACCAAGUCGACUACAGCCCCACUGAUUAUAUACGGUGCGGAAUACUACCGCGAGACGUCAGACGGGCGCGCCUGGCUGGGCACCCAAAGGCGGAUUUGCUCGGGCAGAGCAGGUACUGGUUCAAGAUUGUGA